AAUUUAAUGUUCUUUUUUUUUGUAGCUGGCACUUGAAGGGUGUGUUUCUCUGCAUGUUCCUCUGUUAGUGAGACAGACUGUGGUGAGAUGUGACUUACAUUUGCUUAAGUACAAUACUCAAGUACAAAUUUGAGAUACUUGUACUUUUUCUUUUCAUGCCAUUUUCUUAACUACUGAGUGAAAUAUUAUUCUUUUUUAUUUUACAACGUUUAUCUGACUAAUUUAGCUGCUUGCUACUUUACAUGUACAGCUACACACCUACGAACUAGGUACUAAUCCAAACAGGAUUGUACUGUAUGUAAUGAAAUGAAGAUGAACAACGCUGAGACAGGAUCUGACUGAAUCUGUAUUCAUAUCCAUAUUUCAUGUUUUGAUGCAGGAAACAUGACUCAUGACAACAGAAUUAUCACUUUGUCAUUAAAACAAACUUUUCUGAUUAAAAACUGCAACUUCCACUCAAACCCAGAAGUUGAAAGAACAGUGAUUUCAAAGUUCAACUCCCGCACUUUUAAUUUCCCUUCCUGAAUAACACUUGUUAAUCUGGAUCUCGAUAGCUCUGCCAGCAUGAGAGCACUUUCAUUUCCUUGUUGCUCCCAGAUGAUCCAGUGUUUACAGAACUAUUUCACUAAAACAUUUUGACUUAUCAAGGGGAGGGGUUGAUAAUAAUAAUGCAAUGCACUUUGGAAAUUGCUGUAAUUAUUUAUAGCUGUGCAAAACCUCCCCUGUCUGUAGAACUUUAUUUCACUCCACAUUAGGUUCUGAAAAAAGGGGCGUGGAUGGAAUUGUAGAAGUUAAGUGCUCAUAUGUCUCAAAUCUAAAUUAAUAUAAUUAUCCUUGAUUGAUUCAAGCACUGAAGAGCCAUCAUUUACAUGCAAAUCAAUGACUUUCAAACAAUGGGUGUGAAAGGCAGUCGCAUCACAUCACACGACAAAACAACACACAUUUAAUCUUUUACCUCCAGUUCCAGCCUCUAUAUCAGACCACAGUCCCCUCUGUUGUCAGACUGACAGCCUCUCCAGGAUGGUUCAGAAGGUGGCAGUGAUCGGUGCAGGGAUUUCUGGACUGACCAGCAUUAAGGCCUGUUUGGCUGAAGGUCUGGAGCCCACCUGCUUUGAGAGCAGCCAUGACAUUGGAGGUCUAUGGAGAUUCAAGGAGGAGCCCGAGCCUGGACGCACCAACAUCUAUCAGUCGGUGGUCAUCAACAGCUCCAAAGAGAUGAUGGCCUUCAGUGACUUCCCUCCACCGGCUGAGCUCCCCAACAACAUGCAUCACUCUGAAGUGCUGCUGUACAUGCGCCUCUAUGCUGAGGCCUUCAAACUGCUGCAGCACAUACAGCUCCAGACUACCGUGGUCAGUGUGAGGCAGACCCUGGAUUUUGCAUCAACAGGCCAGUGGGAGGUGGAGACGGAGAGCAGUGACGGUCAGAGGGAGACUCGUGUUUUUGAUGCAGUGAUAGUCUGUACCGGACACUUCACCCAGCCUCACCUGCCUCUCAAAGACUUCCCAGGUAUAGAGAGCUUUGAAGGCAGAUAUUUCCACAGCUGGCAUUACCGCAACUCUGAGGGUCUGCAGGGGAAACGAGUGGUGGUGGUUGGGAUUGGGAACUCUGGAGGUGAUAUUGCUGUGGAGAUCAGUAGAGUUGCUGAGAAGGUGUACCUCAGCAGCAGGAGCGGAGCGUGGGUUGUCAGCCGUGUAGGACAGGGCGGGAUCCCAGCUGACCUCAUUGGGACUUCUCGGAUGGAUCUGAUGAUAGGGAGGCUCUUCCCCUCUUGGAGCAACAUGAUGUUGGAGAAGAACCUUAACAAAGCAUUUGACCACAAACUAUAUGGCCUGAAACCAAAACAUGGUUUUUUUGCACAGAUUCCUCUCGUGAAUGACGACCUGCCAAAUCGAAUCAUCUCAGGUCGUGUUCAGAUGAAACCAAAUGUGAAGGAGUUCCGUGGGUCCAGUGUGGUGUUUGUCGAUGGGAGCGUUAUAGAGAAGGUGGAUGUUGUGGUGUUUGCUACAGGGUACAACUACAGCUUCCCCUUCCUGCCCUCAGCUCUGCAGGCUAAAUGUGGUUACAGGCUGCGUCUCUACAAACACGUGUUCCCUCCUGCACUGACCAAGCCUACGCUGGCGGUGGUGGGCUUCAUUCAUGGCUUUGGGGCCGUCAACCCCCUGGCAGAGAUGCAGGCCCGCUGGGCUACAAGAGUAUUUAAAGGCUUGGCGACCCUCCCUUCAGAAGAGACCAUGAUAAAGGAACUUGAGAAAGACACAGUAAUCAUGCAUCAGCGGUUUGCCUGCAAUGAUCGUAACCCCAUCCAGGUGGACUACAUCCCUUACCUGGACUCUGUGGCAGAGCAGGUCGGGGUUCGACCUAACAUACCAUGGCUCUUCCUGACGGACGCCAGACUGGCACUGCAGGUUUUAACGGGUCCCUGCACUCCUUAUCAGUACCGUCUGACUGGGCCCGGCAAGUGGGCCGGAGCCCGUCAGGCCAUCCUCACUCAGUGGGAGCGGGUGCUUCAGCCUUUCAGGACCAGAGUGGUACCAGAACCAGAGAGAAGACCUUUGUCUAGAUGGAGCAUCGUAGUAAUGGUCUCAGGUGCAGCCGUGCUGUGCUGCUUCUGCUACAAUAAACACCCUCUCCCCUCUUUGUUAUCCCUGCAGUCACUGCUCAGAUCUCCUCAGUGAGCAGCUUGAUUAUAUACAUUAGUGACAACAUGAUGAUGGGAGAAGCAGUAAAGGAGCACACCUCAGCACAUUCUAUUUGUCAGCAUGAUGUAUGUUUUAGACUGUACCUAUCUGAAAUUAGACUAUUAGAAAUUGGACUAUUAGAAAUGGAUUUUAUAAAUAAACAUUUUGGUAAAGUC